AUGAAGCUCUCUACACUCAUUGCCAUUCUAUCCGCCACAGCGCCUGCUGUCCUGUCCAAAGUGACCGUCAUGGACCCCAAUUUCGUCCCACCCCUCGACGACUCCAUCCUCGACAAGCCAUCAGUCGCGAAGUUCAUCGAUCCAAAUGUGCCGACGCUGGUCUUCAAAGACGUUAUCUCGCAUCGAGAUGACGAGCCGGAUCCAGAUCGUCCCAUCACUUUGCAGGAUGGGCUGGUUUUUGUGCUGCAGUGUGUUCUUGCUGGGUUCAGAGAGCCUUGCUUGGUGUUUGGAGCGCCGCCUGGGAAGUGCGUGUCUUAUUUCAACUUCCAGCCGGUGAAUGAUACGUCGGUUUCGAAUACGUAUAAUAAUGCUGUCAGCUCCAUCUCCACCAAUACCGGUGGGUACUGUCAGUUCUACAAAUAUCGUGGCUGCGACAACAGGGGUGAUGAUCGCGGUGUGACAAUGUCGUACGAGUAUGACUUGGCCGUUGCUAGCGAUGGAUAUAGUGGUGAUUACGACAAUAUCAUUACCUCUUGGAGAUGUUAA